AUGUCCUACACCAUAACCAAGCCAACAGAACCAAGCCUGCAUCUGCAAAGGGUGGAUUUCGAGAGCAUCCCUAUUAUUGAUCUCUCCAAAUUGCACGACGCCACCUUUCAAGAGCGGCAGAAAUUAGCGCAGGAGGUCGACCGAGCUUGCACCCAAGUUGGUUUCUUCUACAUCAAGAACCAUGGCAUUUCUGAGGAUCUGAUCAAUGGGGUCCAAGAAGCUGCCCGUCGAUUCUUUUCCUUGCCCGAGGAGGAAAAAAUGAAGAUCUACCUGGGAAACUCGAAGAACUUUCGCGGUUAUAGCCCCUUGUACGGCGAGAAAUCGUCCAACCCCGACCUGGAAGAAGAGGCUCUGGAUAAACCCCCAGGAGCUCUGUCGGAAGCAUUCGAUAUUGGAUACGAGCUAUCCGGAGACAUGCAGAAAGGCCCUGAUGAUCGGCUUCCUCCCGAUACCUUCGGACUUCUGGGGGAGAAUCAGUGGCCCGAGGAGAGUAUCAUCCCCGGUUUUCGCGCAACGUAUCUACAGUAUUUCGCCGAGGCCCUUGAGCUUUCGCGAGCAUUGAUGAGGAUCUUCGCUCUGGCUCUGGGCCAGAAGGAAGAUUUCUUUGACUCAAUGAUGAGAUUCCCAGGGGUGACUUCGAGAAUGUUACAUUAUCCGCCGCAGCCCGUCCAGGGAGAAGAGAUCCCGGGGCUGGCGGCACACACGGACUACGAAUGCUUUACGAUACUGGCUCAGGACAGUGUUGCGGCUUUACAGGUUCUAAACAACAAAGGCGAAUGGAUCCUCGCACCGCCCAUGGCAGGAACCCUGAUUGUCAACAUCUCGGAUACCCUAUCGUUUUGGAGCAACAAACGGUUCAAGUCGACCAUCCAUCGGGUCGCCAAUCUGUCUGGAGAAGAGCGGUACUCUAUACCACUCUUCUUUGGCGUGGAUUACGAUUCUACUAUUUCUGUGCUCGAAAACCAAGUCUCUGAAGAUAAUCCUCCCUGUAAGCAGCCAUUCAAAGCUGGAGAGUAUGUGCGCUGGAAACUUUCCAAAGCGUACAUAGGAUAUGGAGGAGAGCCUGCAGGUAAGGGCAAAAAUGCCUAG